AUGAUGUGCGCGAUCAGGAGUAUAUCAUGGGGGAUAAAAAACAGAGCCUCCUCACUGCGAUGGCGGAAUUUUCUCCAAGAGGUCAAGGAGCUUCCUCAGAAUUCUAAAUCAAGCUGGAUCUCUCAACACGCUGGCCAAGUCCUCUUUGCGCAAAAGAAGGCUGUUGAAGAUCUUCGCAAAAGCAUAUUCCGGACCCCUGGACAUCUUUCCGUCUUCGAACUUCUUCUCCAUUUCGACAAGGUCCUCCUCGCUACUGGCGAUCCCAUGCACAACGCCCUCGAAGAAGUGGAAAAACAACGGUGGAUUAUAACGGAUGACUACGUGAAGGGUGUCAGGCCUGAGGUUUUUGAGGAGGAGGACAGUGAAGACGAAGAGGACGAACAAGGCGGUGGAGGCGAUGAAGGUAUUGGUGACGGGGCCAAAAUUCCUCCCGGCGACGGUCCACUUAUCAUCCGCAAGGACCGGCAAACUUGUCUUGAAAAGAUGAUGGCGCAGGUCAUUGCACCCUCUUAUCUACCCCAGCUUGGGAAGAAGUUUUUUACAACAAAGCUGUCUGCCGCACAAUGGCGUACCUUCGGCGAGAUUGUCGGGCCUUCGGUCUUUCCUUGGUUAUGGGCAGAGUCUCAGUCAACAUCGGAUGCUUUACCGGAGCAUGAGUUGGUCGCUGCCCUCAAGCUUCUUACAAUCAUCAAACGAAUAUUCUUGUCAAGCAUAUCCGAAACCCAGAUCAAUCGCCUGAAGACUGUAAUCAGCGAUUUCCAAAGAGAUUGUCCUUGA